CCCUUUGCUGCAGACGGAUCGUGCAGGAGUGCUCGGGUGUAAACAAAUCUACAAUCUAUCCAUUUGUUCUCCAAAGAUAUCAUGAUCAUAUGAAUGGAAAACACACGUCGCCUCUGGGGCGUUGACAAGGAGCAUCACAAGGGAAAGCGCUCGAGCUGCGGCCGUCCAGCGUUUAUCAAUGCCGCUCAACACAUCACCGCCCUGGCUGUUAGGUGAAGCGUUAUCUUAAAUUGUGUGAGAUUCACUUUCACGAUGGCGACACCUGCAGAACAGGACCUUGUGUUGGCGGAAGCAGAGGGCAACAAAGAGAGAGCGCAAGUGUUCGGGAUCCUCAGAUUGCAGGAGGAUAAAUCGGCCGGCGAGAAAGCGAGCAGCCCUGCCAUGAAAUCUGGAGACGGGAGAUGGCAGGCGCCCAUAUUCGCGCUAGCCAGAAAGGCUUCAGAAACCUUCUCUGGUGGCAUUCACGUCCUUCCCAAAGUGACAGAGCCUAAAACGUCGCCUUUUACCGAAGAAUGGGGUGCCAGGGCCUUUCGGGAUCCCAUGGCAAUGGAGCGAGCAAACUUGCUCAAUAUGGCUAAACUCAGCAUCAAAGGCCUGAUCGAGUCAGCUCUGAGCUUCGGACGAACUCUGGACUCUGACUAUCCGCCUCUGCAACAGUUCUUUGUUGUCAUGGAGCAUUGCCUGAAACAUGGCCUCAAGGUGAAGAAAUCGUUUCUUGGAUACAACAAGUCAUUGUGGGGGCCUCUGGAGAUGGUGGAGAAGCUUUGCCCAGAAGCAGGAGAAAUCGCAGCCAGUGUACGAGACCUUCCUGGCCUGAAGACUCCUCUGGGCAGAGCCAGAGCGUGGCUGAGACUGGCACUGAUGCAGAAGAAAUUAGCCGAUUACCUUCGCCUCCUCAUCACCAGGAAAGACAUACUCAGUGAGUUUUAUGAGAGCUCAGCGGUGAUGCUGGAGGAGGAAGGCGCUGUCAUUGUUGGGCUCCUGGUGGGACUCAACGUCAUUGAUGCAAACUUGUGUGUGAAGGGUGAAGACCUCGAUACGCAAGUUGGCGUAAUAGACUUCUCCAUGUACUUGAAGAAUGACAUUGAUGACUACAGAAGUGAAGAAAGGAAUGGACAGAUUGCAGCUAUUUUGGAUCAGAAGAACUAUGUUGAAGAAUUAAAUAGGCAGCUGAAUUCUACAGUGCAAGGCUUGCAGGGACGUGUGGAGUCAUUAGAAAAAAACAACUCCAAACUCAUAGAAGAGUUGGCAAUAGCAAAAAACAACAUAAUCAAACUGCAGGAAGAAAACCACCAACUCCGAACAGAAAAUUCUGUCAUUCUAAUGAAAGCACAACAACGGCUUGCGGUUACCGAAGGAGAUUUGAACUGUGAGUUGGACACGUACAAGCAGUCAAGGCAGGGCCUGGAUGAAAUGUACAACGAGGCGAGACGCCAACUCAAAGAGGAAUGUCAGCUCCGGCAGGAUGUGGAGAACGAGCUGGUUGUGCAGGUGAGCAUGAAGCAGGAGAUGGAGAUGGCCAUGAAACUGCUAGAAAAGGACAUCCAUGAAAAACAGGACACUCUGAUUGGACUCCGGCACCAGUUAGAUGAAGUAAAAGCCAUCAAUGUGGAGAUGUACCAAAAAAUGCAGUCUUCAGACGACAGCAUGAGACAGAAGAAUGACAUGAUCGCACGAUUGGAGGAGAAGACCAAUCAGAUUACGGCAACUAUGAAGCAACUAGAGCAAAGCGACAAAGAUCUCCUCAGCCAGACAAGAACUCUUGCUAUGUCAUUUGUAAAAUGCGCUAGCACAGAUACUGAGCACCAAUACAAGCUUGUCAAAGAUAUUUCCUUCUGAUAUUAGGAUAAAUUUGCUUUUCGAUACUUAACAUACUUGGUUGUGUGGCGAUCCGCAGUGUUAAUGAUCGUUCUUCACUAGGCCCCUUUUAAAGUGCCCCUGUCGUGCUAUUUUAAAUGUCUUGUUUCUCUUUUGGAGGUCUUCUACAGUAGGUUUACAUCUUUUAAGAUCAAAAACAGGUUAAUUUGAUCAUAAUAUACAUUCCAGCAUAACCGCUUUUCUCAUAGUGCCUGAAAUGGUUCAUUUACGGAUCUGGUCUCUCUAAACCCCGCCUUUCUGAGAGUCUACUGUUCUCUGAUUGGUCAGAUGACUCAGUCUGAUUCUACUUGUUUACCAUUUACAGUGCAAAUCAGAAUCUAAACGUGCAUCACAAUAACUGAAUUUCAAAUCCAUAGGCUUCCUCUCCAUUUGUAAACACAAGGUGCGUCCCAAAUUGCAUACUUCACUAUUCUACACCAUUUUGUAAUAGUGUAAGUAGUGCGUUCACACUGAAAACUCUAAAAAUAACAAGUGCACUUUAAAUACUUGGAUGGAGCACUUAUUCAACCAGUAAAAUAAAGUGUGUAUUGUUGGACAUUUAAAGCAUUCAAUGCGCCGCUGCUUUUGCUCACAAAGCGGAAGAGGCGGAGCUAUCGGGUGCUCAUGUCAGAUUACUUAUUUUGGAUUGUGAACGCAAAAUUCUUCUACGAGAGUGAUUAUACCGCCUUCCAAUGGUGAAUGCGGUAAUACUAAUGCGGCAGGUAUUAUUUGGCAGUUUGAUCAUUUAUUUCACUAAUAUGGCAACCGUCAAACGUAAUCAGGGACACGGUUUGAAUUUCCGCUUAGUAAAAAAAAACAUUAGUGUUCCAUUUGGGACGACACUACAUUCAAAUACUAUGCUGUUCAGCAUGUAAGUGCAUAGUGUGCCAUUUGGUACGCAGCCACAGUGAUGUUAACAGUAACAGUGGCUUUGCUUUUACUGUAUAAAUUCAAGCAUAUGCUGGCAAAUUGUAAUUACUUUCACAAAAAAAAUUGCUUUCUUUUUAUCUUUUUUACAUGUUGAAAACACAACCUCUUCCAGGCCUCAGAUAUAACCACAGUGUUUGGGGGUCAAAGUGGAAGUUGUUCACAAUAAGCCAUUGAUUUGUUACAAAUCUGUAUAGAUCUGUGUUAAAACGUACAACUUGUUUCAGGCAUUUUCGAAUUAUUAUUAUUAUUUUUUUUUUGGGAAGCAAUUACGUUUUUCAUUUACUUUGAUCUUUUAUAUUCACAUAUUGCUAUGUUAUACACUAUAUCAUACAGUAGGUAAUAGAAAAAAAGCAUAAUUGGGGCACUUUAUUUAAUGAUGGUGACUGUUUUUCCACAUACUAUUUAGUGAGCAAAUACUUCAUGUGGUUCUCUAGCAUAAAUAUGUACCUGUGACAUUUAAUAGUCAAAGAAACCACAAAUAUGACGUGUCUUUUAUCACAGUCUUCAAUAAAUUCGAUGUUUUCCACUA